UCUUCAAGCUCCUUGGGGGUCUGACAAAGCAGGGACCAUGUCUACCUUUGGCUAUAGGAGAGGACUUAGCAAAUAUGAAUCCAUCGAUGAGGACGAACUCCUCGCUUCCCUGUCAGCUGAGGAGCUGAAGGAGCUGGAGAGGGAGCUGGACGACAUUGAACCCGACCGCAACCUUCCCGUGGGGCAAAGGCAAAAGAGUCUGACCGAGAAAACCCCCACGGGGACAUUCAGCAGAGAGGCACUGAUGGCCUAUUGGGAAAAGGAGUCCCAAAAACUCUUGGAGAAAGAGAGGCUGGGGGAGUGUGGAAAGGUAGAAGAAGACAAAGAGGAGAGUGAGGAAGAGCUUAUCUUUACUGAAUGUAACAGUGAGGUUUCUGAGGAAGUGUAUACCGAAGAGGAGGAAGACCAGGAGGAGGAGGAGGAGGAGGACAGUGGGGAAGAGGAAAGAACAAUUGAAAACAAGAAAGGUAUUAACGGAACUGUAAAUUAUGAUAGUGUCAAUUCUGACAGCUCUAGGCCAAAGACAUUUAAAAGUCAAAUAGAAAACAUAAAUUUGACCAACAACCACAGCAGAAGAAACACAGAGUCGCCGGCUGCCAUUCACCCUUGUGGAAAUCCUACGGUGAUUGAGGAUGCUUUGGAAAAAAUUAAAAAUAACGACCCUGACACCACAGAGGUCAAUUUGAACAAUAUCGAGAACAUCACAUCCCAGACCCUUACCCGCUUCGCUGAGGCCCUCAGGGACAACACUGUGGUGAAGACCUUCAGUCUGGCCAACACGCACGCGGACGACGGCGCGGCCAUGGCCAUAGCGGAAAUGCUCCAAGUCAACGGGCACAUCACCAGCGUCAACAUCGAGUCCAACUUCAUCACGGGCAAGGGGAUCCUGGCCAUCAUGAGAGCUCUGCAGCACAACACCGUGCUCACGGAGCUGCGCUUUCACAACCAGAGGCACAUCAUGGGCAGCCAGGUGGAGAUGGAGAUCGUCAAGCUGCUGAGGGAGAACACCACGCUGCUGAGGUUGGGCUACCAUUUUGAGCUCCCAGGACCAAGAAUGAGCAUGACGAGCCUCUUGACAAGAAAUAUGGAUAAACAGAGGCAGAAGCGGAUGCAGGAGCAAAAACAGCAAGAGGGAUAUAACGGAGGACCCAAUCUUAGGACCAAAGUCUGGCAAAGAGGCACGCCUGGCUCUUCACCUUAUGCAUCUCCCAGGCACUCUCCCUGGUCAUCCCCCAAACUCUCCAAGAAAGUCCAAACUGUGAGGAGCCGCCCUCCAUCUCCUGCGGCGCCACCACCCCCUCCUCCUCCACCUCCGCCUCCCCCGCCGCCACCUCUUCCUCCCCAAAGGCUGACACCCCCUCCUCCACCUCCACCUCCUCCACCUCCAGAGAAAAAGCUCAUCACCCGAAACAUUGCAGAAGUCAUCAAACAACAGGAGAGUGCCCAGCGGGCAUUACAAAAUGGACAGAAAAAGAAGAAAGGAAAAAAGGUUAAGAAGCAGCCAAACAAUGUCCUAAAGGAGAUAAAAAAUUCCCUGAGGUCAGUGCAAGAGAAGAAAACGGAAGAAAGUUCCCGACCUUCUACCCCACAGAGAUCGGCUCAUGAGAAUCUCAUGGAAGCGAUUCGGGGAAGCAGCAUAAAACAGCUAAGGAGGGUGGAAGUUCCAGAAGCUCUGCGAUAAAAUCGUGAUCUUUAGAAGAGGAUGCAGAAUUAUUCAGUGGUAUUAAA